CAUAACUAGUCUCACUGUAGGACUGCUUGUUGGAGGUACAGGUGUUCUGGACAAUUCAUAAUGCGGUUGAUUUGUUUCUGGUGUUUCUUGGUGGCGGCGAGCGUGAGGGCGCAGGAUGGCUACUAUGCCCCUCAGACCUUCAAUCAAAAUAAUGUGGGAAAUGCCGGUUUCUUCCAACCAGCGCACAGGUCCUGGGAGCCCAGUGUGUCCGACACCAGAUGGACUAAGGUGGACAAGGGUCUCUUCACCCCAUCCCGUAACGACGUGUCUCCUCAGAGCACCAUAGCAGAGCCAUGGAGGCCGAAACCUGUGCAGGAAAACUGGAAUGCCGGCCCCUCCUACAGCGCCCCAGCUCCAGUAGAACCCUGGAGACCACCUUUCCAGCUCACGAAGGAGCAGCAGGCCGCCAUAAUCCACCACAAGCAGGCCCUGACUUCAGAGGGCAGCUUCCAAUUCGAGUACGCAUCAGACAACGGGCUGGCUGCUGGUGAAACCAUCCAGCCCGAUGGCUCCAGGAUCGGCGGUUACCAGUACAAGGAUCCAAGUGGGCAGAUCGUCAAACUGAAGUACAAGGCUGGCAAGGAAGGGUUCCAGAUUCUUGAAGGAAGCCACAUACCAAAGAGUCCUGAACCAGUUCCACCUCUAAACCAGGAGGCCCACCACCAGCAGGCUUAUGAGCAGCAGAGACAGGCGUAUGAGCUCCAACAGCAGUAUAACCAGCAGAGGCCGGAACCUAACAGAUGGAACAACCCACAGCAGUACCAAGAGGGCCCUCGCCCGGCGGCGCCCAGCAACCAGUAUUACGCGCCGAGCUGGCAACGAGGCAACGAAGACGAUGGACAGUAUCGUGAGAACGGAGUGGAAGACAGAGGACCCCACAACUUCGGUGAAGGAUACUCCUUCGCCUUCAAAGGCUAAAAUUAUGAUGAACAAACUAUAAUAGAUGACCGACAAAUACUGUAAAUAUUAUAACCAAAUAUUCCAACCAGUGAUUUUAUAAAAGCUUUUUUAUGUUUCAAUAAUCAGUAGUUGACACCAGCAAUAUUGAACAUUAUAUUACGAUGUUCUUAAAACUGGAUGUAAUUAUAAAAUGGUGUCAACUAUCUAUUUAAACUUAUAAUUUCUGGAACCUGACAACAAAAAUGACGGCUGAAAUGUAAACUGAACAAAGCUUAAUAUUAACCAAUUUCAAGUAUUACCUUAAAAAGUCAAAAAUUAUUCUAGGUAGGUACCUUUGUUAAAAUAGUAAUUAUAAAUGCUAUUCUUUGCUAGUUAAUUAACAUAAACGAUACAAUCAAAAUCUUAAACAUUUUAUUACUUGAGUUUGUACCAAGACUUCUUCAGUACCUAUUUAACUAAAACUUUAACAUUUUUAAUAAUUAAAAGUAUAAUUAUUAUGUUUGUUAUACAGAUUUGGCCAAGUAUCAUUCUUAGAAAAUAUUUAUAAUACCUAGUGAAUAUGUCGUAGAAUAUUAUUGUAUUUAGAUGUGUUUACAGCUAAGUUUAAUUUGGGUAAAUUAAUACGUAGUUGUAUAAUAUAGUUACUUAUGUGCGUGAUAUAAUAUAAUAUAUAAAAUGUCUAUGCCUUAUAUUGAGUUUUUACUAUGAAAAAUGUUGUGAUGUACUGAUGUAUUUUUGUAUAUCUAAUAAAGAGACUAUGAGACUUU